AUGCCGCACUCCGAUUGCCGAUUGGAGUUCCUGAGAUCUCGUAGAAAAAAAAAAUCCCACCCAACCGUCCCCCACCUCUCACUCUCCCCUCGAUCCCGACCGCCCCCGACCCACCUGUCGCCGCCACAGAACCCCCGACCAACUCGCCGCCGCCGCCCUCCUUCCACUGCGGUGGGCGGCCUCCCUCUCCCUGAAUCCACUGCGGCGGCGACGGCCUCCCUCCCCCUGAAUCCACAGCGGCGGCGGCCUCCCCUCCCCCUGAAUCCACCGCGGCCACGCCCUGACUCCACUGCGGCGGCGACGGCCUCCCUCCCCCUGAAUCCACAGCGGCGGCGGCCUCCCUUCCCCCUGAAUCCACUGCGGCCACGGCCUCCCCCUGCUUCCAACGUGGCGACGCCGUCCCGCCCGCAUGCUUCUGCAGACCACCAACGCCAUUCACCGGCGACAGGCUCCUCCGCGGGUCGUCUCGGCAGUGGCGGUGCCCUCCUCCCCUCGGGCCCCUCCCUUCCUCUGCUUCAAUCAGGCCACCGUUGCUGCGCCACCCGCCCCAAGCGCCGUCGUCCCUCCAUCUCCUCCGUUGAAUCCACCGCGGACGGCACCCUGCUCCUCAACGUCGGCACCACAUCCAACUCUGACCGCGGCGGCCGACGACAAUGUUACAGGGCCGACCAUGAAGAUCUGAUAUUGAGAAGGUCAGGUGCAUGAUGCAUCUCCGGCCAUCGCCUUCCCACCUUUGCCUUACACCAAAAGCUGACCUUCUCUCCACCGUAGUGGUGACCUUCUGCUGCUUCCUCCUCCAUCGCGCGCGCAUCAGUGAAGCAUAGAUGGCGGCGGACUCCUAUCCCACAGCAUACUCGACGACCUGCCUGAGGCCUAAGCGUUGACCUGCCCGAGGCCUAAGCCGUGACCUUCAUGCAUCUUCUCCAAGUUGUUGUCAUGGCCGCCCGCGGAUGAUGCAUCAAUGCUGGUCAUGGGAUUAUGUGAGAUAUGUUCCUUGCAGGAAGAAGCACUAAAAAAACUGUGACGAUGGUCUUCUCAGUAGCUCUACCGCAACAGGAACGUCUCUCUCAGUACUGAUGGACACCAAUAGUGUGAAUUGAUGUAGAGAACAAGUUUUGAUUAUGUGCUGUGUACAUGCUUGUUGAUAUGUACACACAUGACUUACACAGUAUCAAACUUGUUAAACCUUGUUGGAACAAAAAGUCAGAAACCAAUGUUAUGAUGGGAUGAUUCGCUGUAUACAUAAGUGAUUACAACCACAUUGAUGCUCGCUGUAGUAUGGAAUACAGAUUAUUGAGUUCAUAAAGUUUGUGCUAUGCUUAGAUUUAGUCAUGCAAGAGGCUUGUAUGGAAUGUGUGAUAAACUUACUCAAUGGCUGUGUGACUGAACAUGUUUGGUGUCUUGUUUCCUAUGUUAGGCGUCAAUCUAGUAUUGCUCAUGUAUAUGCAACUACAUCUUUAGCGUUCUGUAAUAUUCAGAAGCAGUUCUUAAAA